UGGGAAUUGACUCCCUUUUGGAGCCAGCCUCAAGCGGCCAGUCGAUGAAUUGCAGUUUAAGUCACUUCCGUAUUGGCUUCAUCAGGGAGAUCGGAAGGUUGCCCCUCGGUCAGAACACACAGCCCCGCCGAUCCCCUGCCUGCGGAAAAACAUAGUGGCUACUAAGUAACACAGGCUACUUUACCUGGUAGGUGAUCACCAGUUCCAUCAGCUUAGUCAACAAAUUCACGUGUAUUGCCUUGCACACGGGGAAGGUUAUACAACAACGGUAUUACAACACUGGGUACAGACAAUUGCACUUAUGAACCACAUGGGGGAACUGAGCCAUAGUUACAUAGUUUUGCUUUAAGGCCACCAUAUUAAACUAAAAGCCUAAAAACUCUCAUUUUGAUAAUGUUGUUUCAGAUCCAAGUUGUCUGUCAGUGUGUUAGUACAAACACAAAGCCUCUUCAAUGAACUGUAAAAUAUAUCCCAUCCUGUCAAGAUAAUCUGUGAAUAGUAAUCUCAAAUCUAUUUUGAUGAUAUUCAUGCACAUUGUGCCUCCGCCUCAUAUCACAAGAGCUUUGCUUUAUGGUGUGGAUGCACGCUGGCAGAGUUAAAUCCCUUGAAUUGGGUCAGUGGAAGUGCGUUCAGCAGGACAGACGAGGUAAAGCACAAUGAUUAGCCACUAAGCCCAGCCCACAGAGGAGCGAUCUGUCUGACGGACCCAUCGACUGGAAACACACUGAUGUUUCUUGCAACGCUGGCAGGGAGACAAUUACACCACCGAGCAUUCAUGGUCUAAAAAGUGAGUGGAAAGCCCAAGAUGCCUGAGCAGAGCAACGACUACCGUGUGGUGGUGUUUGGAGCAGGCGGCGUUGGAAAAAGCUCACUGGUGCUUCGCUUUGUAAAAGGCACUUUCCGGGACACCUACAUCCCGACGGUGGAGGACACGUACCGUCAGGUGAUCAGCUGCGACAAGAGCGUCUGCACCCUGCAGAUCACGGACACGACCGGCAGCCACCAGUUCCCUGCCAUGCAGCGUCUGUCCAUCUCCAAGGGUCACGCCUUCAUCCUGGUCUACUCCAUCACCAGCAAGCAGUCCCUGGAGGAAUUGAAGCCCAUCUACCAGCAGAUCCUCGCUAUCAAGGGCACCGUGGAGAACAUCCCCAUCAUGCUCGUGGGAAACAAGAGCGACGAGACUCAGCGCGAGGUGAAGACGGACGACGGCGAGGCCCAGGCCAAGAUCUGGAAGUGCGCUUUCAUGGAGACCUCGGCUAAGACCAACCACAACGUCACCGAGCUUUUCCAGGAGCUGCUCAACCUGGAGAAGAAGAGAAACAUGAGUUUGAACAUCGACGGCAAGCGGUCCGGGAAGCAAAGCAGGGCCGACAAGCUGAAGGGGAAAUGCAGCGUCAUGUAGACUGCUGGAUGGAGACGUGGGGAGAUAACGCUGAGAUGGAGUGAUAGCGUGACAAAGGAACUGGAGAUAAUGUUAUUAAACGUUUCAUGCUUAUUUCCUGCAGACACCUUAGAUUUCAUCCUGCUCCAUCAGUCUUGGCCUUAACAACAGCGGCCGAUUCAUAUUGCAUUGGGUGUUUCUCGUUUACUGUUUAUAUUCACGUCAAGAGAAUGCUGAGAAACAUCGAGUUUCAGCAAAUGCAAUAGCCUUUAAAAAAGCCCUUUCGAGCUCACAAUGCAACCAUUUUGCAUUUUUUUUUUGUUUUAUUAGAUAGUUGCAAAAAACAACAUUGGGGUUUGGCUUUAUAAUGCCGGAGAGGUGUUAGCCAAACAUAAGAGUCAGACAUUAUUUUGCAUAAUGUAUGUAGCAACUAAUGUGAGCCUAUAGCUGUGAAUGAAGGCUUACAUUGUGUUAUUCACAAGUUUUUAUUAUUAUUUAUUACUUUUAAUGCUAUAUACCAGGUUGAAAAAUAGUGUUGGUUUAUGUAACAAUAUUGAAAAAUUUAGACUGCAUUCCCUUUAAUAAUGUUGUGUAUAAGCUACUUUGGUUUGUUUUUAUGAUAACAUUUUGAUUAUUUUUGCAUGGUGUCUUAUAUAAGGACAGACAAUAUUUAAGACAAUCAUUUGUUAAACAACAAAUUGACGGAGAUAUUACUCCAUCUAAGAUGCUCUUCAAAACAUUUCAAUCUUAACAUCUAAAUAGAUCAUUCAGAUUUCAUGCACACAUGCUCAGCAGCUAAUUUGCAUAGCUUCCCCAAAUUGAGACACUUCUGAAUUCACUGAAGUGAACCAUCUUGAUUUUCAUGAGAUGAACUGCUAAUCUUCUCCACAAGUGCGAUUGAGACAAUAGCAGAUCUGGCACUUACAAGAAUGAAUUUGCGAGAGGUCUCUAUUAGCACGGUGGAUGACAGCAAGAAGCCCUGAUUUGCAUGGUUUUCCUUGAAGUAUUCCGGAUUUUCUCGCAGGCAGCUUUUCCAAUACAAGCAUUUCUUAAUCUUUUAUUGGAGAUCGUACACUCUAUAAAAAAUUCCAUAGAAAUUACAGUCUUACUUGCAGCUGGUUGCCGGUAACUUACCGUAGAUUUAAAUGUACACUGUAAAAUAUUUGCUGUAAUUAUGCAGCUGGUUGCCAGUAACUUACUGUAGAAGAUAAAGACUGAAAAUGUUUCAUGUUCAUUUAACUUUGAACGAACUGUUGCCAGUAAAUAACAUAAACGUAAAAUCUACAGUAAGUUACUGGCAGCUAGUUGCCAGUAAUACCAAGUAAUGCCGUAAUUUCUACAGAAAUUUUUUACAGUGUAUGUCAUUUAUUGUCAACAUUUUGUUCAAAGUUAAAUGAACAUUAAAUAUUUACAAGUCUUUGUCUUUACAGAGUAAAACUAAAAUAACAGCAUCAAGCAAAGCAUUCUGGGAAACCAAAUCUGAAGCAAAAAACUGAAAAAGGUUGAUGAUGAUUUCUGGUUGCCAGAAUGCUUGCAUGAGGCUGUUAUUGUAUAGUUUUAUUCUGUAAAGAUAAAGACAUGUUAAUAUUUAAAAUGUAUUUAUUUUUGAACAAACUCUUGCCAGUACACUGUAAACACAUUGUGUGUGUCAUGCCAUUUAACGCGUUAUUUCAUGUUAAAAUAAAUGAAAGGGACAACACAAGUUGUGUUAAAAACAGUGAUGGGAGUAACGCGUUACAAAGUAAUUCUAUUACUGUAAUUCCACUACUUUUAGCGGUAACGAGCAUGUAACAAAGUAUUUUUUUUAAAUCAAGUAACGCAGUUACAAUUACUGAAAUUUAAAUGAGUUUGUUACUCGCGUUACUCUAUUUUGUGUAAAAUGAACACUUGCAGACAAGACAUUUCUGAUCUAAUGUCGCAGGACCGUGGUGGGCGGCACAAUGAAUAAUAACACAGAAGGUGUGUUAGUUUAGGGACAACACAUUUAAAUCUACAGUA